AUGACUUCCAUCUCUGACCUAGACACCAAGGUGGCUCCCGAGCAGCCCAUCAGCGAUGAGGAACAACUGGCCGCUCUGGGCCAUGUCCAAGAACUCCGUCGAGAGUUCUCGCUAUGGUCUAUCGUGUGUCUUCAAAUUUCCUUGAUGGCCACUUGGGAGGCCCUGUCUUCCGUCGUUGCAACGGCCUUAACCAAUGGCGGUGCUCCCUGUCUAUUCUACAACUAUCUCAUUGCACUUGUCGGUACCGUGUUUAUUGUGCUCUCGCUGGGCGAGAUUGCUUCCAUCUACCCGACUGCUGGCGGACAAUAUCACUGGGUUCAUUGCCUCACCCCAGCAUCGUACCGCGCCACAGCAUCAUGGUUCACCGGUUGGAUCUCCAUUGGAGGCCAAUUGGUGCUCGCCGCAUCUGCAGCCUUUGCCGCUGGACUGCAACUGCAAGCUCUCAUCACGCUCAAUAAUCCCGACUCAUACAUUCCAGCACGAUGGCAGGGGAUGCUGUUUUACUGGCUAAUCAUCGCCUAUUCGACGGCAAUCAAUAUUUGGGGAUCUAAGAUCUUACCUCAUACAAACACUGCUGCUGGAAUCUUGCAUGUCAUUGGCUUCAUUGCCAUCGUAGCAGUACUUGGUGCCAUGUCUUCGAAACACUCGGCCUCCUAUGUCUUCACCGAAUUUUCCAACACCAGUGGAUGGACCAACGACGGAGUUUCAUGGCUUGUGGGACUUCUGAGCACCGUCUAUCCUUUCCUCGGAUAUGAUGCUGCAUGUCAUCUGAGUGAAGAACUUCCCAAACCCUCUCGCAAUGUGCCUUUGGCCAUGGUGGGCAGCGUGGCCAUCAACGGUCUCAUCGGUCUGGUCUAUGCGAUUGUCCUCCUGUUUGCACUGGGUGAUCUUGAGAGCCUCCUGACGUCCGACAUUGGAUUUCCCUUCAUGCAGCUCUUCCUCAACGUCACGGGGUCACCGGCUGGCGCAUCUAUCUUGGCCUUGUGUAUCACUCUGAUUGCCGUGGCUGCCAAUGCGGCUGGGUUGACCUCGACCAGUCGUACAGCAUGGGCCUUUGCUCGCGAUGCCGGCCUGCCGGCAUCUGGAUUCCUGUCCACAGUCAAUCCGACCGUCAAGGUUCCCGUGCGGAUGAUCUUGGUGGUCUCCUUUUUGCAGAUGCUGCUGGGCCUGAUUUAUUUGGGGAGUUCUACCGCUUUCAACGCGGUGCUGUCCAUGGCCAUUUUGGGCAUGUAUGCCUCGUAUUUCUCCCCCAUUUUGUUCAUGCUGAUCUAUGGCCGGCGAACCUCCGCUCAGGUCGUUCGGGGUCUGGGAGCUGGAAUGUUUAACCUCGGUACCCGAUGGGGCCCUCUGAUCAAUGGAAUUGCCUUGUUAUGGUUGUUGUUAGCGAUGGUCUUUAGUACCUUCCCCACGGUCGAACCCGUCACGCCGGACAAUAUGAAUUAUUGUGUUGUGGUGACGAUGGGGUGGAUGUUCAUUGGCGGGGUAUACUAUUACUUGUUCGGCGGCAAGAAACGAUUCACAGGUCCCGUGGUGGAGCUGGCCGAGGGACUCUGA